GUGGGCCGGCUUAUAUCAGAUGUUUCAAACAUGGCGACGGCUCUCCGGUCGUCCUGUUCUUUUGUGGGUGGAAGUUCCUUUCAAAAAGGCGAAAGACUGCGAAAUUUUGAUCCGAAACUGUUCGGACAUCGACGACCAGAGAGCCUACUGGACAUAUGUGCAAAAGUUGUGGCGCAGCACAUCCCAUUUCAACGCAUCGAAGAACGUUACAACAGGAUACCUGAACCAGUGCAACGGAGGAUUAUUUAUUGGUCGUUCCCGAGGAAUGAAAGGGAUAUUUGCAUGUACUCUUCGUUAUCAAGUGACUCAAACAAUUGUGGUGAUUACCAAAAGCUUCCAUUUUACCGAGGUUUGAAGCUCUACGAGGCCGGUUGUGUCGAUAACGUCUUGCAAGUAGGUUUUCACUUAAGUGGCACCGUAACAACGCCAAAGACCCCCAAUGUUCCUGGAGCGGGAUAUCCCGCUGAGCCUGAACGGAAGUACAGGAUCUCCAUCAGCUUCGACAGGUGCAAGAUAACAUCGGUGACGUGUACGUGUGACACGCAUGACAUUUUCUGGUGUCAGCAUGUCGUUUCCUUGGCCAUCUAUCGUAUCCGGAAUGCUGACAGCGUACGUCUUCGAGUUCCCAUAUCAGAAACACUCCUGCAGCUCGACAGGGAGCAGCUGCAGAAGUUGCUGCAGUAUCUCAUUGCAGAACAUCACACCGAAGUGCUGCCCACGGCUCAAAGGCUGGCGGACGAAAUCCUGCAGUCGCGGUCUCUCAUCAACCGCAUUGCAGGAGCUCCUGACCCGACGGCGGGUGCGUCUGCGGAAGAAGAUCACAGCUGGCACUUGGACGAGGAGCAAGUGAGCGAGCAAGUUCGAGCAUACUUGUCUCAAGGGGGAUAUUACUCGGCCAGCAAGCAGCUCAAUGCUCUGUUUUCUAAGGUGAAAGAGAUGCUGCGAGCGAGAGACUCGAAUGGAGCACGCAUGCUUCGACUCAUCACCGAGCAGUUCCUCGCCGAUCCGCGGCUCGUCAUCUGGAGGGCUCAGGGAACACCCAUGACGGACAAGUGCCGUCAACUGUGGGACCAACUAGGAACACUAUGGGUAUGCGUGGUAUUGAAUCCUCACUGCACGACGGCUGAAAAGCAGCAGUGGAGACAGCUCCUCGAGCGCUGGUCGUCGAUGCACAUUUGUCCGUUGGAAGACGCGGACUUCCGCCCCAGCGCGAGCGGAAGGCGACCGCUCGUCGUCGACGAUAGUUCGUCGGAUUCAUCCGAGGACGAAGGCGGCGGGAGAGGUGAAUACUGGUGUACAGGGACGCGUGAGCUGGAGUCACAACCUCUUCACUCAAUUUCAGGUGGUAUGCGCAGUCCAGGGCAUAGGGCAGUCAUGGAUCAGAGGAGGCAGCGUUCUCGUCGAGACCGCGGCCCGGCGCCUCCGCAGCCGCGGUCAAUCUUCCACCGCGCCCUGGAAGCUUGGCUUCUUUCGUGGGACGACCCCCAUCUGCGUUUCAUCCUGUCGCACGACGCGUACCCAGAACUGGCUGGUUCCACCGGGCACUUCAACUCUCAGGGCUACCCCUUGUGGCACGAGACCAUUCCUAUGGCAUGUUCGCGGGUGGAGGCAUUGCGUUCUCACGGUUACCAGCAGGAGGCGCUAAGGUUGGCCGUUGCUGUUGUGCGCACGAUGAAGAGACAGCAGCGCGAGUGGCAGUGCAGAUGGCAGGCGGAGCAGGAGCAUCGGGGACCAUCUUCCAGGGGUGACCAUCAUCAUCACAGGAAAUCACCCAUUGCUUCCUCUUCGUCGUCAUCUUCGAGCUUACUAGGCAAUUCUGGCCAUUCCAACUCGGAGGGCUGGGUGGGACAUCCGCUUAACCCGAUUGGCUCCCUCUUUGACACCCUCGCCGAGGCUUCCCUUGUGCCUGAGAGCAAACACCUCGAGUACUUUUAUGAAACCUUUCCCGGAGCCAAUGCGACGGAAGAAAACCCGUCCAGCGCGCAGGGGACUUCGAGUGGAGGAGGCAACCCUAACGGGGGAGGAGGGGGUGGGGGAGGGAACAACAGCAGCAACAACAACAACAACUCGUCCGCAGCAGCCGCUGCUCCGCACGCUUCAUCGUCCUCUUCUCACCACCACCCUCACCACAACGGAGCGUCUUCCUCUACGUCGUCUUCGUCUCAUCCGCGCGAACGCCCACGUUACCGCCACGUCGCAGUCCCGGGGUCGCGUGACCGCAGCGAGUCUCUCCUCUCAUUGGCUGUCGAGGCGGCGCUUAUGGGACUUGGCCAGCAGAGAGUCAUGCCGCCGGGCCUCUACGCUCAGGAGAAAGCUUGCCGUCAGGAGGAACGUCUCAUAGCGCGCCUGCGAGACAUUGAGCUGGACGGCCUCCUGGUCGGGGUGCUGCGGAAGCAGGCCAUGCUUCUGCUCGAGGGAGGGCCUUACAGUGGCCUCGGAAGCGGGGCCCACCCGGAGAGCGUACCCAUGCACACCUUCGCUCGCUACCUCUUCGGGGCGCUACUACCCUACGACGGAGACCUCGCGUACAGUGUAGGAUUGCGAGCCAUGCGGUUACCCGUCCUGGAAAAUCAAGACGAACCCGAUGACCCGGUGGCGAGCAUGAACGCUCCCGUGGGAAACCCGAGCCGGUACCCGCGUUGGUUCACGCUGGGACAUAUCGAAGUGCAGCAGUGUGCGCUUGCUUCCACGAUGCUUUCCGCUGCCAAAGAUGAUGUGAUGCGUCUGCGGACGGUGAUGAAGUCAGCCCAGCGCAACAUUCACAGCUCGUCGCAGUUGUUCAAGUUGGCCCAGGACGCCUUCCGCAUUGCUGUGCCUCCCGAUGGUGGACCCAGGCAUUUGGCAUUGCUCAAUGUCGCUUUUGAAUUGGGCCUGCAGGUGAUGCGUGUGACACUAUCCUCACUCAACUGGCGGAGGCGUGAAAUGGUGCGUUGGCUGGUGACCUGUGCCACAGAGAUUGGAUUGGAAGCCCUGAUUUCCAUCAUGCAGAAGUGGUACCAGUUCUUCACACCCACCGAGGCCACAGGCCCCGUUGCAACAACCAUCAUGUCCCACGCCACAAUCCUCCGCCUGGCGUUGGACUUUGCCCAGCAGGAAGAGUUGUCAUCUUGCGCACGCACCCUGGCCCUGCAGUGUGCUUCGAAAGACCCCCCAAACUGCGCCCUCAACGCGCUCACCCUCUGCGAGGGGGACGCCUACGCCUUUGAGACGGCGCACCAAAUCGUUGUCGAUGCGGCCGGCUCGGGGGUCAUGACCUCCUCCCAACUGUUCACCGUCGCACGCUACAUGGAACAUCGUGGAUAUGCCCACCGUGCCUACAAGCUCGCCGUCCUUGCCACCCGCGGAGUACAGCUCGCCUACAACCAGGACGCGCACCCAGCCAUCAACGACAUCCACUGGGCGUGCGCGCUCGCCCACUCGCUCGGCCGCUCCGAGCUGGCCAGUCUCGUGCCGCUCCUUGUCAAACACGUUCAGUGCGCGACCGUUCUCUCGGACAUACUUCGGCGCUGCUCCAUGGCGGCGCCGGGGAUGGGGACGUUAGACGCGAAACGUCGUUGCGUGAGGGCGCUGUCGCUCGACAAGCCUCCGCUGAGGCCCCUGCUCGAAGCGGCGAUCGCGGCAUACGUCAACACGACGCACUCUCGGCUGGCGCACAUCUCUCCGCGGCACUACGGCGAUUUCAUCGAGUUUCUGGGCAAGGCGAGGGAGACAUUCCUGCUGGCGCAGGACGGACAUGCGCAGUUUGCUCAGCUGGUGGACAACAUGAAGGCUGCGUACAAGGGGAAGAAGAAGCUGAUGUAUCUAGUCAAAGAGCGCUUUGGCUGACAGCGGAAGAUACGUUCCGCGUAGGACUCUGUGAGGUCCUCCUCCGCGGGACACUGGUGAAAAGCGGUGGCGCCCUCGCCGAUCGAGCGGUUUAGAAGACGUGGAUUCUCGGGUCUGUUUGGGGGCCUUUAGCGUCUGUCCAUCUCGACGUGUAUCUCACACACGCCUCGAGAGGAUGACGUUCAGAGAUUGAUGGGUGAUUGAUUUUUCCGUUUGUGGGUCGAAGGUCUAUUUUGCGGUGAGUGUUGUAAGAGUGCAAGUAGGGGAAACACAUGUAACAAAAUGUUCUUUUGAGAGGUUGGUCCACGAGAUGUUUGUUGCACUGCACACUUUUGUGUUGUCGAAAUGUUGUCGAAUGAACUUUUUUUUUUUUUUUUGUAUGCGGCACACAGUGUUGCCUUUGGAUCCCCAUACCCGUGUUACAGGUUAGUUUCACUGUUUUGUUGAACCACAACUUUCACGAGCACGAGUCGAAUUCAUAAUAAUUUAAAACGGCCUAAGUGAUGGUGCCAGUUGCAUAAUUUAAAUCAAAACCACCUUUGUCUUGUGCUACUUUAGAAGGCUCACUUUCAGUUAGUGCCAAGACUCUUCAUUUCCAUUUUGUCCGUGUUGGUGUUGUUCAUCUCAUUGCGUUGUUUCGUGUUGGUUUCUAUAGCGUUGUUGGUCUUGUGCUUUGUUCUUUAUGAAUUAAGUGACAAAGGAGUCCCCCUUUUUUUUUUUUUUAAGAUGACCUCGAUCUUUCUGUGAUACAGCAGGCAUUGAAUUUUUUAAGUGUGCGUUGUGUCUCGUUCUGUUGUUGCAUACUGAGUUUAGGUUACUGUUGCAAAGUUGACAGUGUGCAUAUCAUUUGUGUUGUGUACUUCGUAAGUUGAAAAACGCUGUACGGCUAUCUUGUAGUGCCUCCGAUACCACUUCUGAAAUGUGUGUCGACACGGUCUACGUUAGUAGUGAAAGUUUUGACUGUGCAGGAAGAACUGAAGACAAGGUUUUUACAUGCGCUCAGAUAUCAGAGGCAGACUUUGUAGCUUCAUAAAAGAAGUAAGAUAAAAUUCGUAUGCAUGGCAAAGUGCGCAUAUAUUUCGACAAAUUCAAUUAAUUUAAGAAACUUUCAAAAUAAAGGUGGCCCUACAGCCCCCUAUAGCAUGCUUGCAGCUUUGCCGGUUGCCAUCAGAAAGAUACCAUAAACGCCAUUUUGUUCACGUGGAACUAUUCGCAUGCACAAAAAAUUCGUGAAUUUAUGUAGCUGCAAAUGGUGAUACAUACCUUUUACUGUGUUAGAACAUUGUGGACGACCUAGCAAAAGUCUGGCAAAAGUAAAAAUCUGGAAUUACAAUACCAGAUAUGACACUGCUGUAUUCAUAACUUGUUUCUGAAUCAUCAGUAAUUCCAGUGAAGUGAAACCACUGAAGUCAUAGAGGGCCAUGAGCAAAUUUUCGCAAUUUAAGUUGCCACGAAUGGUUUAUCAAUUCAAGCUUGCCCCUGAGGCACGAAAAUAUAAUCCACGCCAAAUCUAUGACUAUUACAGUGUUGCGAAAAAGGUGUUCACCAUAAAUAAUUUACUUUCCGAAGAUUCAUGAGCUACUUCCUACGAAUGCAUUUGCACCAUAAAACUGUUCACCGUGAGAAUUUAUUUUGGGUGUUAAAAACUGCAAAAAGAAAUCUCCGUGAUUGUUAACAUAAUGUGAGUCUUGUCUGUAAUGUUUCAACAGAGUGAACCAGAGUCUUCCACUCUUCUUGCAGAGUUACACCUUGCAAUACUGGCGUAAAUGACCCUGUACCUUUGGAGGAGCUGUGUAAGUGACGGUGCAACAAACAUCUUGCCAAAGGCCCUGGGUGGAAGUGCAAAUAGUGGAAACUGAUGAGUGUGCCUGUGUGUUUGUAUGCAAAAAGGGAAGAGGAAAAAGUGCAGCAUCAGUGUACAUAGCUCAAAGCACACCAUUUUUUUAGCCAAAGACGCCACAGAGACCAAUGCUUUUAGAAGAAGAUAGAGGUACGGACACACAGCCAGGCAGUGCGGUGCAGGUCUUAGUUUAACCCUCGCUGCUAUUGUGAUCUCCGGCUAAUUUAAUAGGGUGCUGACGUAGCUUCUUUUGAGAGUAUAGACACUAGAAGAACUGUUUGUUACCCGCUCUUGCCAGUUUGAGUCUGGUUGUACCAGAUAUAAUGUCAUACAUUUGGUCAGUAUUUCCCCGAAUUAGUUGAUUACCAGUAGCCUACAACUUUACCUCAUUAAAAUCUACCCUGCCUGUGCAGCGGCAGACUAAAAAAGUACUGCCCACAGGACCUGUCUCUGGCUCGUUAGAUAAGCUCGUCAGAUAAGCUCUACGCACCACAUAAUCCUACAUAAGGAGAUGACCGCUUUCACUUAUUGUAAGAAGGAAGCGAGGACAACAAAGUAAUAUGCUUGACCAGAUAAACCUGUGCACCAGAUGAAUACUUGAUGAUAUCUUGAUCUGCAUUCUGUUCCAGUCUUUCUCCUAGCCCACAUUGAUUCUUAUCUUGUCAGAUGCGGCAUCACAACGAUGCAUGGGAAAAGGAAGGAAAAAAACAAACAAACAAAAAUUUGUCAGGGAGCACUUACCUACCCUUCACAUAAAUGUCACAUUUGGUGCCACGAAUGGUAAUCUUUAUCCCUAUUAUUUUUUGCAAAUUCUAGUCGUGCGACAGCCAUACCCACCCCUGCCUCGAGAUCAAGGUGGGGCCAUCGAUUUUGCUCAACCCGCCCGUUUAGCUCAUCCUCACAUUGUCCGGUCCGGUCUACUUGCACGGCCUGGUUGUGUGGUCUGUCCACUAGCUGUACGAUCUCUUGGACUUUGCAUGGCCCUUUUUACAUGUCGCACGUUCAGUUCUGUAUCAAAAGCCCUUAGCAGAGUUACCUGGUAGAGGAGUUGUGACAAAAACAUAUCUGAGGGUGUGGAGCUGAAUGCCUCACUGUCCGCAUCUGUCACUGCUUUGUAGCAGUUUUGUUUUACUUCUGUAUAGUUCAGCCAUGAACUAUGGGUGGCCGUGUAUGCUUUUUGAAAAAGACUACCACUACUUAUUUUUCUGCUGCUUGAGAGGUGCGACAGCUCGGUUGAUAUGGCCACCUAGGUAUGCUUGAAGUGUGUCGACAGCUUUCCUAGUGGUGUACACAAUAGGCAGGGUUUGUUACCGGAAUAGCAGCAUUUCUGCUUAUAUUCCAUUCUAUCUGAUUUGAUUUCAUUUCACUUAGACACGAGAAGUGCUGUACCCACACUGUUCACUUGUUUAGUUAAUUUGUUGAACAGCUUCAGGUCAUGGUUUUUCCUCGUAGCACAAAGUUCCAGUUUUGCUUAAAUUGUGUAUAUGAUGCGUUCCCAUCACAUAUAAGGAUGGCACUUCUGCUUCCAGUUGUAGCAUGUAGAAGGAGAUGUACCUGUUCCAAUUUUGAGCACAAAAUUAUCAUUAUCUUAUCAUUUGCCCAACAGUGUUUGAAAGAAAAACUUUCUCUCAUUUCUGCAGCAUGGUGAAAACAUGGUGUGCAUGCACUCAAAACGAAUUUAAUGAACUGGCAUCUUUCGAAACAUCUCCUUUCUACUGGUAUACAUUUGCUGUUACUUUUUCUCUCUCGUACUGAAUCCUGUCGCACCUGCGUUUGCUAUGUUCCGGUAGCAAACCCUGGUACGUACAAGCGCCCCGCAUUGGGAGAGGAGAAACGGCCUCAGAGCCAAGAUUUCAGUCAGUGUCAUGGGAUCUCACUAUUUCGAUGCCAAAAGGAACGUGGCUUUUUGAAAAAGUGCCGUUUCAGCUGAAACACGCUUUCGAGCCUGUGUUUUUUGGACUGCGUGUGUCGAAAGACAAAAAUUGCGGUGGACAAGAAUGUCACAAUGCAAAAACCUUCAAUGCAAGUGUGUAACUCGACGUGUCAGCCUCAUUUCAUUUUGCCUUGUUUCAUUUCAUGCAGUGUGUCUAUGACGUUGAAUUUCUGGGCUGGGUUUCUUUCAGUAUUUGCUCACCGCUGUACCUCGUAAUUUGACGUCUGCAUUUUUUUAGGACAGUGCAGACAAUAUGCUAAACUUGUCAUGCCUACCUCAACGUGUGUGAUGCCAAAGAAAAAGAAGUUGAGCUUCCGUAAGACUUUGAGCAGUUGCUGUAAUUUGUUUUUCUUUGAGAAAACCCCACGAGCGCUGCCGUACCUUCCUACGGUUAUCAGGUUCGGCUCUUUUUUUCUCGUGUUUUUAAGACUUAACUUAAGUAGGUUGAAGAGACUUUUGUGCCUCAUGUAUUCCAGGGUCUUGAAUUCCACAAUGGGCAUAUCAUUCCAGUUCUCGUAGCUGUGUGUCCUUUAGAUCUUUCAUGUUGAACGACAACGAGGUUAAAGUUUUGUUUGAACGCUUCGCAGGUUUCGUGAUGUUCUGUAACACGAAAAAGUCUCAUGACACAAAAUGUUCUCGCGGAUGAGCGGCUCUCGUGAAACCUGCGCUGUGACACACAACAUACUGUGACACACAGUGAUCAGAUGAUGCAGUAGAUGACUCUAUUUUUCUUUCAUUGACCAAAACGAAGAAUGUUCUCUCUUUUUUUUGGUUUCAAGGGCAUUGUGCAUCUGCAUGCUUGUAUAUGUGUAUGAAAGGUUGGUUGGUACUUUGUUAUGUUUUUAUCGGAAAGUUUUUUUUUUCUUUGUUGUGUUCAUAUGUAUAUCUAGCAUACAUGUUUUUCCUUCCACUGCCUAUUUCAAGACAUUAUCCAAGACUUGUACAGGAAAAAGCAACCAAGAAGGCUAUGCAGAAAAAAACAUAGAUGUCUUCGACAGUGUGUAACCCAACCCAUCGAAGCCUGUCAAUUGAGCCCUUUUGCGACUGGCUUUGUGACGGACUCUCCAACCUUGUGCAGCAUAUCCGAGCAAUAGGUGCAAAAGUGGGACACCUGCGUGUGCGUGGCUUUAUUGUGACCUUUUUUGUGACUGUUCGUCUGUGAGUAAGCGACGGACAGGACUGUUUACAAACCGCUCGACAUUGGAUACACCUGGACUCGUGGAUCUAGCCAAUAUUUUGUGUUGCUCCAUUAUUUAUUCAAAUAUUAUUUAAGGUGUUACCAUCGAGUGGCAUGUACAAGCAUGGAGUGAUGGAAACUUGGAAAUAAAAUGAGCUGAAAUAUGC